AUGUCCAUGGCAGACAUCGAAGCAUCCGCAAGAAAACUCGGAGUCGACAUCUCUUCCAUCGACUUGGACUCCAUAGAACUACCUCCCGAUGAAGAUUUUGGCAUCGAAAGUGAUGAUGAUGAAGAUGUGUUUGGUGAUAAUGAUGAUAUUAUACUCGAUACGGCUUUUGGGAACGCAAUUGUUGUGGAUAACCUUCCGAUGGUUCCACCUGAGAAAUUUGAGAAGCUUGAACGUGUUAUACGAAGAAUUUAUGAUGGAAUUGGUGUGACGAUUAAGACUGAUGGAUUUUGGAUGCCAAUCAAUCCAGAGACUCAAGAAACCCUAGGUUAUUGUUUCAUCGAGUUUCAUACUCAACAGGAGGCUGAACUUGCUAUGAAGGAGACAAAUGGACGUAAAUUGGGCAGCAGACACACUAUUUUGGUGAAUUUAUUGGACGAAUUUGACAGGUUUAUGAAUGUUCCAGAGGAAUGGACACCUCCGGAGGAAAAACCAUACACUAGCGGAAGGGAAAAUUUACAACAGUGGCUUACCGAUUAAAAAGCUCGUGAUCAAUUUGUUAUUCGUGCUGGAUUGGAUGUGGAGGUCUAUUGGAAUGAUAUUGGACUACUGAAGCCCGAGCUUGUUCAUGCUCUCAAAGUAUGCAGAUUUGUUUAUUUUUUCCCCUAACUGGGAAUAGAU